UAAAUACCCGUCAUUUUAACUCACUUUUAAAUGUAAAGUUGCAAAUUCAAUGUAAAACACUCUACGAUAAAACUCUGUGGUACAAUAUUUGAUAAUUUCUUGAACAUAUCUCUAGCACUCAGAAUGAAGACUUCGAUAAUUAUAGUCCUGGCGGUUACAACAGUUGUUUACGGUAUCAGUACCGAUAGGUUUAAUAAGAUAAGAGAUGACAUGCUGAAAUGUGCGGAGGAGCAGGCUUGGACAAGUGAUAUACCCAAUUCCGAAGUGCUCAUGUGCACGGCGCGUAAAGAUGGCAAAAUAUUAAACACGAAUGGCGAAUUAAUGAGGGACGCAGCUUUACAAGCAAUUGAGGAAGCAUUCCCCGACGUGAAUACAAGAGAAAUGGUGCAAGACAUAUAUAAGAAGUGUCAUGAUAAAGCGGAUCAAAGCGGAAUCACUGGCCAUGAACAAGCGGUUAAAAUUACCAGCUGCUCUAUACCAGCUGCAAUUUUCUUCCUAAUAUAAUAUUAGAAAAGGCUAAUUGCAGAUUAACCUAUAAGUAUACGCGAUUCUCUAUAAGUAUACGCGAAAAACUUUCUUUUUAUUUCUCUCUGACAUAUUCCUUAUAACUCUAAUAAAUGGUACUUGACGUUACUCUCUUGAAUUGUA